CAUGGCCAUGGCCACUCCUACUCCUCCAAGCGCAUCUUGCUGCCUCGUAGGUCCCGUCCCGUUCACAGAUGUCGUCGGCGGCGAAGAGGACGACCGGAUCACCCCGCCCGAGUGCGGGCAUAUCAUCUCCACCUUGCCGACCAUCGCCUUCAAUGGCCGCUUCGUGCACCACCAAUAUCAGGGCGCUUGGGUGAUCCACGAGAGGAUGCCCGGGGUCCUCUCUUUCCAGCGGCGCUUCACCCCGCGCCCCGGCGACGUGCUCCUCGCGAGCCCGCCCAAGUGCGGCACCACAUGGCUCAAGGCCAUGUCCUUCGCCAUCAUGGCUCGGGCGGCAUACCCGCCCUCCGCCGCUGACCACCCGCUCCGUCGCCUCAACCCACACGAGUGCGUCCCCUUCAUUGACGAUCUAUUCAGCGCAGGGCACGACACCAAGCUGGAGGCGCUGCCGUCGCCUAGACUCAUGAACACGCACAUGCAGCACUCCCUGCUGCCCGCCUCCGUUGCUGACAAUCCCAACGCCAAGAUCGUCUACAUCUGCAGGGAACCCAAGGAUAUGCUGGUAUCCAUGUGGCAUUUUGGCAAUACCAUUCACCCAUGCGAAUUCUCAGAUCUGUUUCAGAGUGUAUGUGAUGGCAAGACCACAGAUGGCCCCAUGUGGGACCACGUUCUUGGUUACUGGAAGGCAAGCAAAGCCAGUCCGGAGAGGGUCUUGUUCCUGAGGUACGAGGAGAUGCUGCUCAAUCCGGUUGACAAUGUCAUAAAGCUGGCGCAAUUUCUCGGGGUGCCGUUCUCAGCUGCCGACGAGGCGGCAAGGCUUCCGGCAGACAUCAUGAAGCUGUGUAGCAUUGAGACGAUGAAAGGUCUAGAAGCGAACAAGACAGGCACCUCCGGGCUAUUUUACAAGUUCCCGCAUGAAGCCAACUUCAGGAAAGGGGUGAUUGGAGAUUGGGUGAACCAUAUGACGCCAGAGAUGGCACAGCGCUUGGACGCCAUUGUUGAGGACAAGCUCCUUGGAUCAGGGCUGUCUUUUGGCUCUUAAAACGGUCGGGGUGGAUCGAAUACAACACAUCUGGAUUUGCUAUUUAUUUACUCCACUUUGUUUCUCUGCCUGAUCAUUGUUUUGUUGUUUCAUCCAAAGCCUAGUUGGUGGAUAACUUGCCAUGUGGCAGCAGUUUUCUCUCUCUUCUCUUCUUUUUCUCCCCACUCUCUGGAGGCAUUUCAUCAAACAGAUCACAUGCAAACGUGCGGCUGCUGCAUCACAUGUUUAGUCGAUGUCGCGCCUUCCGUCGCCGCCGUGGAGUUUGCCGCGGACAGCCUGGACACAAGCUGCAAGACGACAUUGCAGUGUUCAUUGACUGAUGCCGACGAUGUUCCCCCAACCAUGUCAGAGAGUGGCCGACAUCGACGACCUGAGGUUGUGCAUCCGUCGUUGCCAACAACGAACAACGACAAGGCAAAGCGGGAGGAGGGAUGCGCCACACUUGGAGCGCGGAAGGAAGCUUCUGGAGGAUCUGUAUGUCGAAGACGAUAUGCUACGGCGAUGCUAUGGUUGCCACGAGCUCGUCUACGGCGGAGUGACGAGGGGAUGGUGGUUGGGUUGCGUCUCUGGCCAACUUAGGUGGUGUUUGGGAGAAGUCUUUGGACUUUUUUUAGU